CCCCGCCCCCGCACAGCUCCACAGCGCCUCCCAGUGGUGCCCGCCUGGGCCUCGCGGACCCCACUCGGGUCGCACUUAGCUCGCGCCAGCCCUUCCCGCUUUUCCUGUCGCUGUAUUUAACCCUCGAACCAUCGGCCUCGUGGCUAGUGCUGGCAUUUCCUGCUCUGCCUCGCUUUCCCCUUUGCCUGGCUUCUGUCUCUGCCUUGCCGUCUCCCUCCCGCGCCCCCUCCUCGCUCAUCCUUCCCUCCUCCCUCCCUCCUCGGGCUCUCCCAGGCUCAUUCACAUCCCAGCCAGGAGGCUACACGCCCAGCCGUCUAGCGGGAACAGCUCCGGCUCAGGGAGCUGAAGCCGAGCCGAGGGCAGAACGGCCACAAGUUGGAUAGGUGCGACAGGAGUUUCAGCGGCGAGCGCCACCGGCGAGGAGGUCCCCAGCAGCAUGGCCUGGAGAAGCUCCUUCCCUGCCACCGCGUUCCGGCUCUGGAGCAUCCUCUCGUGCCUGCUCGUGCUGCGGGCGGAGGCCGGGCAGCCGCGGGAGGAGAGCCUGUACCUGUGGAUCGAUGCUCAGCAGGCGAGAGUGCUCAUAGGAUUUGAAGAAGAUAUCCUGAUUGUUUCAGAGGGGAAAAUGGCCCCUUUUACACAUGAUUUCAGAAAAGCACAACAGAGAAUGCCUGCUAUUCCUGUCAAUAUACAUUCCAUGAAUUUUACCUGGCAAGCUGCAGGGCAGGCAGAAUACUUCUAUGAAUUCCUGUCUCUGCGCUCUCUGGAUAAAGGCAUCAUGGCAGAUCCAACCGUCAGUGUCCCUCUGCUGGGAACAGUGCCUCACAAGGCAUCAGUUGUUCAAGUUGGCUUCCCAUGUCUCGGAAAACAAGAUGGAGUCGCAGCGUUUGAAGUGAACGUGAUUGUAAUGAACUCUGAAGGCAACACUAUCCUCCAGACACCUCAAAAUGCUAUCUUCUUUAAAACCUGUCAACAAGCGGAAUGCCCCGGUGGGUGCCGAAACGGAGGCUUUUGUAAUGACAGACGUGUCUGCGAGUGUCCUGAUGGAUUCUAUGGACCUCACUGUGAGAAAGCCCUCUGCACACCCCAGUGUAUGAAUGGCGGACUUUGUGUCACUCCCGGUUUCUGCAUUUGCCCACCUGGAUUCUAUGGGGUCAAUUGUGACAAAGCAAACUGCUCAAACACCUGCUUUAACGGAGGGACCUGUUUCUACCCUGGAAAGUGUAUUUGCCCUCCAGGACUAGAGGGAGAACAAUGUGAAAUUAGCAAAUGCCCACAACCCUGUCGAAAUGGAGGUAAAUGCAUUGGUAAAAGCAAAUGUAAGUGCUCCAAAGGUUACCAAGGAGACCUCUGUUCAAAGCCUGUCUGCGAGCCUGGCUGCGGUAUACACGGAGCCUGCCAUGAACCCAACAAAUGCCAAUGUCAAGAGGGCUGGCAUGGAAGACACUGCAAUAAAAGGUACGGAGCCAGCCCCAUGCAAGCCCUGAGGCCAGCAGGCGCCCGGCCCAGGCAGCACACACCCUCACUUAAAGAGGCCGAGGAGCGGCGGGAUCCACCUGAAUCCAAUUAUAUCUGGUGAACUCCGACAUCUGAAACGUUUUAAGUUACACCAAGUUCAUAGCCUUUGUUAACCUUUCAUGUGUUGAAUGUUCAAAUAAUGUUUAUUACAGUUAAAAUACUGGCCUGAAUUUUAUUAGCUUCAUUAUAAAUCACCGAGCUGAUAUUUACUCUUCCUUUUAAGUUUUCUAAGUAUGUUUGUAACAUGAUGGUAUAGAUUUUUCUUGUUUCAGUGCUUUGAGACAGAUUUUAUAUUGUCAGCUGAUCAGGUUAACAUGUUGCCUUUUCAGUGUGUAGUUGGCAGAUAAUUUUCAAAAUUAUAAUGCAUUCAUGGUGUUGAGGGGCUAUGGAACAUUAGAGAGGAUGAAUCAACAAAAAUGCAUAAAUCAUGACGGUUUGGAUUUUAUUGUCAUAUAUUUAGACAUUUGUCGUAUUUUUUAAUAGCUUUUUAUUUUUUAACUCUCAAUACAAUAUAUCCUGACCUUAGCAUUACACCAGAGAAUUCAGCAUUAAAAAUUAAAAAAAAAAAACACUGUGGUAGUGGCAUUUAAACAAUAUAAUAUAUUGUAAACACAAUAAAAUAGGGAAUAUAAUGUAUGGACUUUUUGCAUUGGCUUGAAUCAAUAUAAUAUAUUGUAAACAAAACACCGCUCUUACAUAAUAAACAUUUUAUACUGUUUGUAUGUAUAAAAUAAAGGUGCUGCUUUAGUUUUCUGAGUGUCAAA